AAAUAAACAAACAAACAUGUGAGCCAUGAGACUAAACGCUGUCGUUAGAAUGCAAAGGCAAAUGCAACAGAUAUAAAAAUCCGUUAAAAGAUCCCUUCCAUUUCCCUCUCCUCCAAUCACUCUUGCACUAAAAACGAUGGUGGUCGCAAUCCCGGGCUCCGCUAAUCUCACCGCCUCAAAACCCUCUCUAGGACUGGGAGGUACCACCACACGCCUCUCUCUCUCCCGCCCGAUCCCAAACCUCCACGUCACCAAAAAACCUAACUCCUCCAUUGUCGCUUCCAUUUCCGCUUCCUCUUCUCCAUCCACCGGUCAAACCAAUUGGUCUCUCGAUUCCUGGAAGUCGAAGCCUGCCCAACAACUCCCUGAAUAUCCGGAUGCCGAUGAGCUCGGUUCGGUACUCAAAACGAUCGGGUCCUUCCCGCCAAUUGUGUUUGCUGGGGAGGCAAGAAGACUGGAGGAAAAGCUAGCCAGCGCCGCCGUCGGGAAAGCGUUUCUGUUACAGGGUGGUGACUGUGCAGAGAGUUUCAAAGAAUUCAAUGGGACCAACAUUAGAGACACUUUCAGAGUCCUUUUGCAGAUGGGAAUUGUCCUCACUUUUGGUGCCCAAAUGCCUGUCAUCACUGUUGGGAGGAUGGCAGGGCAAUUUGCAAAGCCAAGGUCAGAUCCAUUUGAGAUAAAAGAUGGUGUAAAGUUACCGAGUUAUCGAGGAGAUAACAUAAAUGGCGAUGCUUUUGACGAGAAAUCUAGAGUUCCCGACCCUCAAAGGUUGAUCAGAGCUUAUCUUCAAUCUGUUGGUACCUUGAAUCUCCUUAGAGCAUUCGCUACUGGUGGCUAUGCUGCUAUGCAAAGGGUCUCCCAAUGGAAUCUCGAUUUUGUUAGAAAUAGUGAACAGGGAGACAGGUAUAUGGAGCUUGCACAGAGAGUUGAUGAAGCUUUGGGAUUCAUGGCUGCAGCUGGGAUAACCAUUGGUGAUCCUCAAAUGAACACAGUUGAUUUUUGGACAUCCCAUGAAUGCCUUCAUUUACCAUAUGAACAAGCCUUGACUAGAGAAGAUUCAACAACCGGCCUUUAUUAUGAUUGCUCUGCUCACAUGCUUUGGGUUGGUGAGAGGACUCGGCAAUUAGAUGGAGCACAUGUCGAAUUUCUCCGGGGUAUUUCCAAUCCUCUCGGCAUAAAGGUUAGUGAUAAAAUGGACCCGAAGGACCUUGUGAAGUUGUGUGAAAUUCUCAACCCUCGGAACAAACCUGGAAGACUGACAAUAAUCACACGAAUGGGUGCCGAUAACAUGCGAAUAAAGCUUCCACAUCUUAUAAGGGCAGUGCGCCAGGCUGGGCUUACUGUCACUUGGGUGAGUGAUCCCAUGCAUGGGAACACAAUUAAAGCUCCAUGUGGUCUCAAAACUCGUCCAUUUGAUGCAAUCAGAUCUGAGUUGAGGGCGUUCUUCGAUGUUCAUGAACAAGAAGGGAGCUAUCCUGGAGGAGUUCAUCUGGAGAUGACGGGGCAGAACGUAACAGAGUGCAUCGGAGGGUCAAACACUGUCACUUUUGAUGACUUGAACUCUCGGUAUCACACACAUUGUGACCCAAGAUUAAAUGCGUCGCAAUCAUUAGAGCUAGCCUUUGCCAUAUCAGAAAGGUUGAGGAAGAGAAGGCUCAAGUCUGCCAAGGAACUUUGCAAUGACAAUUAAUUGUCUUGUGCUAUGUCUGAAAUGGAGAGGGUUUUUUGUAGUAGAAUAAAUAACCCUCUCCUCCGAUGUCCCAUUUGAGUUUGGAUUUUUGUAUGAACUAUGUUCUUUGUUUUGCAAUUGACAUAAAGUAAUGCUUGGUUAA